UACAAAGACAAGAAGCACCAAAAGGGAGGAUAACACUUAAUAAAUUCUGCUUGCUUCGGUCUUGAGAAUCUGCAGGGAGAGGACGUGCAGCUCAGUUAUUACGCAGCUCCGCGCGAGCACCGCGGAUCCGACGUUCCUUUCGCGUGACAGUUCAUCUUCUCCUCUAGACGCCAGCGCUGGUGAUGUUGCUGCUGCUGCACCAAGAGCACUGGAGAUUUCUAUCUGCACAGCACGGAGGAAGACCCCUUCACUAAAGGACACGUGGGAGGUCAUCCUGGGGAGACGCAACUUAUCAUGCAGGAGCGUUGGAAAGCUCAAGUUUCCACAGCAAUAUUGAUCAUGUAAUCAUCUGGUACAUAUUCACAGGUGUACAGCUUGCGUGGAUCAGUGCAUCAAUGCGUAACGUUACGCACCAUGGAGUCGCGCUCUGCACUUCUAGCUCAAACCAAACCACACUUUCGCGGACACUGUUUGUUCUGUCAUGAAAACGUGGAUCAGGCGUGAUGGACGUGGGGUCAGUUCUCAUCGAUUUGGACUAAAUAAUGCGGUCAUUUUAAGCAGUGUGCGAAUUUUACAGUGACUUUAAGGGGAAAAACUUGACUUUUUAAACGAAUUUCUCUUUUAGAGAAAGAAAUCUGGUUUAUUAAUAAGGGUACAUUAAAAUUAAGGAGAUCAGUUUUUCUAGAUUCGUCUCGCGUAAACGCAAAUUGACAUUUGGAGCCACUAUCAAAUAUCAGUAACCUAAAAUACUUUUUAAACAGAACACUACUUGCUAAUAUAAAAAUAUAUAGGCUACUGUUGUAUGGUUUUAGUACUUUAACAACCGUUUUGAUUUGUAUUUCCUCUGGGAGGUUCAGGGGGGUCGAAUCCCCUAAUUGCGUGAUUUGUAUAUUCACAUCUAUGAAUUGAAAUGAGGCGCAGAAUGACUCCCUCUGCUAUUUACCUCCUCUAAUGCUCUAGCCACCUAAUGAUGUGUCUCAAACGACUACUUUGUAUAUUUAAUUAAUUAUUUAAAUUCCUCUAUGUGUUCAUAAUGAUGUAAAAAACGAACGGAUUGACUUUCAAAAUGUACUUCUCUCUCUCAAAAAAGGCUGACAACAGGUGUAUUUGGUCCUCUUUUAUAAAAGCAGUAUACAAAAUGCUGCUUUAUAAAUUAAAAACUGAUUACUUUUACUAGUUUUCAGUUGGAUGCACAUCUCGCACACAAUUUUGGUUUACUUUUUUUUUUCUUUAAAUCGCCAUCUAAAUGCAAUGUCGUUGUGUCGAACAACAAUGAAAAUUAUUAAAUGCAACAUUAAAUGACUUUAAUGUAGGCGAUGCUCCCCAAAGUAAUGACUGAAACAUCCCCACUUUAGUGGAAAAACUAUAUAUUUAUGAUCAUAUAUACAUGGUUGAUGAGUUUAAUAUUUAUUUGUAUACAGUGUGAGAAUAUUUCAAUUAAAUCAGUAUUGGAAAAAACUUACUUAAAAGAUCCGUAAUCCGUUUCGGUUCGUUUCGCGUAAUUUCUCGUACAAAACAACAAAACGCUAACGGCUUUUUAAAUGUAUAUUUUGUGGAAUGUAAGUUACAUAUAGUAACUUGAUAAAUAACAACAGUAGUUAUGCAUCGUUUGAUAGAAACAGCCGAUAAGCAGCUGUUGCUGUGGUUUCCUCCUCAAGCAAAGGUAGUUUCUGUUCGCGAGGCUAUACUUUUAAUGCACUCUGACUAACUUGCGUGGUUCUGAAAUUUGAAAGCACUGCAAAACGUGUUUGUAUGUAAAAACAAAACUUGUAAGACCUGCGACCGUUUUCUUUGACCUCCCUCGGAGAGUUAAUAAGGAAGUCUAACUCCCUGUAAUUCGCACCCUGAAGUCAUAUAUUGCAUGUAGUAAUCGAGAUCAUGUCCAGAUCUAACAGCGUGAGCCCACCCGGCGCUGGCGCUCCUGGACCGAGGGGAGGGACGGAGCUCAGAUCCGCUUGGGGCGAGUCUGAGUCCCUGGCGAACGGAUGUCCAUACUCGGCCAGAUCCUGCAAAACGCUCAUACGGUCCAACAGUCGGUGGAGAGAGGACGAUGACUUCGAGCGACAACCGGGCCGAGCCACGACCACCGUCAGCCGGGUUAGUUUCAGAUCCAAGUCUGCCUGGCAGGAACACGCGGAGGAGAGUCGCAACAAUAACAGAUCUUCCCCGAGGUACCGAGAUGGAGAAGUGAGACCCAAAUCCGUGGAACUGGGUUUGGAGGACAGAAGAACCAAGUCCAAACCAGAGGAGGAGCUGAUGCCAGAAGUGAACUUUUCCAUGAGCGCGUGCUGCAGCGGCGUGAUGCACAUUUUCAAAUCCAAGAAGUUCCAGUCGGAGAAGUUGGAGAGGCUUUACCAGCGCUACUUCUUUCGACUCAACCAGAGCAGCCUGACGAUGCUGAUGUUCGUCCUGGUGCUGGUGUGCGCGGUGAUGCUGGGCUUCCACUUCGCUGGAGGGCUGUUGCAGCUCACUUACGUGGUGGUUUUCUCCACGGUAAUCUUACUCGUUCUCACGCUGAUGGUCGUGUGCAACAGGAACGGCUUCCAUCAGGAUCACAUGUGGAUAGUGUGCUAUGUGCUCAUUUUGGUGGUGCUGGUUGUGCAGGUGAUCGGUGUGCUGCUCGUGGAGCCGCGCAGCGCGUCUGAAGGCAUCUGGUGGACCGUGUUUUUCAUCCACGUCAUUUACACACUUCUGCCGGUGCGGAUGAGAGCAGCGGUCAUCACUGGGAUUAUACUGUCUGCCAUACAUGUGCUGGUCUCCUGGAAGUUAAACGAAAUGGACAUCUUUUUGUGGAAACAGCUGGUGUGCAAUGUCCUGAUCUUCUCCUGCACUAAUAUAGUUGGCGUGUGCACACACUACCCAGCAGAAGGCUCACAGAGACAAGCCUUCCAGGAGACCAGAGAAUGUAUUCAAGCCCGCCUGCAUUCUCAGAGAGAAAACCAGCAACAGGAACGCCUCCUCCUCUCUGUGCUUCCUCGACAUGUCGCCAUGGAGAUGAAAGCUGACAUAAAUGCCAAACAAGAGGAUAUGAUGUUCCACAAGAUCUAUAUUCAGAAGCAUGACAAUGUGAGUAUCCUCUUUGCCGACAUUGAGGGCUUCACCAGUCUGGCUUCCCAGUGCACAGCUCAGGAGUUAGUGAUGACCCUCAAUGAGCUCUUCGCACGAUUCGACAAACUGGCCGCCGAGAAUCACUGUCUGCGGAUUAAGAUCCUGGGCGACUGCUACUACUGCGUGUCGGGGCUGCCUGAGGCCCGUGCCGACCAUGCGCACUGCUGCGUGGAGAUGGGUGUGGACAUGAUCGAAGCAAUCUCGCUGGUGAGGGAAGUUACCGGAGUCAACGUCAACAUGCGUGUGGGGAUACACAGCGGGAGAGUCCACUGUGGGGUGCUGGGAUUAAGGAAGUGGCAGUUUGAUGUCUGGUCCAACGAUGUCACCUUGGCCAAUCACAUGGAAGCUGGGGGCAAAGCAGGGCGUAUUCAUAUCACCAAGGCCACACUGAACUAUCUGAACGGGGAUUAUGAUGUGGAACCUGGAGUUGGUGGAGAAAGAAACGUCUAUCUCAAGAAGAACAACAUUGAAACUUACCUCAUUGUGGGCUGCAGUCAGAAGCGGAAAGAAGAAAAGGCCAUGAUUGCUAAGAUGAACCGGCAACGCACCAACUCGGUCACACAUAAUAGCACUCACUGGACCGACCGGCCCUUCUACAAUCACCUGGGUGGCAAUCAAGUUUCCAAAGAGAUGAAGAGGAUGGGGUUUGAGGAUCCCAAAGACAAACAUUUCAUUUUCAGAAACACCCAAGAAAACCUGAACCCUGAGGAUGAGGUGGACGAGUUUCUGGCACGUGCCAUUGACGCUCGAAGCAUUGACCGAUUACGGUCCGAACAUGUCAAGAAAUUUCUGCUGACAUUCCGAGAAUCUGACCUGGAGAAGAAGUUCUCCAAACAGGUAGACGCCAGGUUCGGAGCAUACGUAGCCUGUGCCUCCCUCGUCUUUUUAUUCAUCUGCUUCAUUCAGAUCGUCAUUGUGCCGCACUCCGGGCUGAUGGUUGGCUUCUAUAUGGUGUGCCUGGUCCUUCUGAUGGCUGUUAUGUUCAUCUCAGCCAUUUACUCCUGUUUUGGGUUUUUCCCUGUGCCUCUGCAAACUCUCUCAAAAAGGAUUGUUCAGUCCAGACUCAACAGCACCCUGGUGGGGGUUUUUACAACCAUCCUGGUCUUUCUCUCCGCUUUCAUCAACAUUUUUACCUGCAGUACGGAUGACCUGAAGACAUGUUUAGGGCAGGAGUUUAACAUCAGCCCCAGCCAUGUAAAAGCUUUCCAUGUCCGCUGCUCUUCUUUCAACUACUCCCUCUGGUCUCAGGGCAGCCUCUGCAACAGCUCGUCACCCACCUGCAAUUUCCCAGAGUAUUUCUCUUCAUGUGUGCUGCUCAGUUUACUGGCCUGCUCAGUGUUCCUACAGGUCAGCAGUAUUGGUAAACUCUUCCUCAUGCUCUUCAUUGAGAUCCUGUACGUGCUCGUCAUGGAGGUGCCUGAGGUCAGCCUUUUUGACAACGUGGACCUGCUGGUCAUGGCCAAUGCCAUAGAGUGUAUUAAUGGAACAAGCUCCGUGAAAGACACUCGGGUUCCUCUGAAGAUCAUGACUCCAGUCGUCAUCACGGUCUUUGUGCUGGCGCUCUACCUUCAUGCACAGCAGGUGGAGUCUACAGCCAGACUGGACUUUCUCUGGAAGUUACAGGCCACAGAGGAGAAGGAGGAGAUGGAGGAACUUCAGGCCUACAACCGUCGGCUUCUCCACAACAUCUUGCCCAAAGAUGUGGCCGCACACUUUCUGGCACGCGAGCGGCGGAACGACGAGCUGUAUUAUCAGUCGUGCGAAUGUGUGGCUGUCAUGUUUGCUUCUAUCAGCAACUUCUCCGAGUUCUACGUGGAACUGGAGGCCAAUAAUGAAGGUGUGGAGUGCUUGAGACUCCUCAACGAGAUCAUCGCUGACUUUGAUGAGAUCAUUAGUGAGGAUCAGUUUCGUCAACUAGAAAAGAUCAAAACCAUUGGCAGCACCUAUAUGGCCGCGUCUGGGCUUAAUGACUCCACUUAUGAUAAAGCAGGAAGGUCACACAUUCGCGCUCUAGCUGACUACUCUAUGCGCCUCAUGGACCAGAUGAAAUAUAUCAAUGAGCACUCUUUCAAUAACUUCAAAAUGAAGAUCGGUCUCAAUAUGGGUCCCGUGGUGGCUGGUGUCAUAGGGGCUCGUAAACCGCAAUAUGACAUAUGGGGGAAUACUGUGAAUGUAGCCAGCCGUAUGGACAGCACUGGGGUACCGGAGAGAAUACAGGUCACAACUGACCUCUACCAGGUUCUAAGCUCCUAUAACUACAUACUGGAGUGCAGAGGCGUUGUGAAAGUCAAGGGCAAAGGAGAAAUGACAACUUACUUCCUAAAUGGAGGACCUAAAAGCAGUUAACACUCAACGUCUGAUAUUCAGAACAUUUCUGAGAUGAUAUGGAGAGGAGACGCUCUGGGCCGGGCCUGCCUGGCGGUUGAAGUGCAUCCUCCUGGACCAAUCACGAUAGGAUUUGUUCAGAAACAAAGUGGCUUCUUUGCAUACUUGAGACUUCUUAUAGGUUUAAUGGAGGGCUUUAUUUAAGACAUGGAACAGCUCAGAAAGAUGGUUCAUCCUCAGAGACCAAAGAAACAAAGGAAUCCUAAGGCAUACCAAGCAGUUCUCCCAGUCUUAUAUUUCUUAUAUUGCCAAGAAAGGACAGAUGAACUGCAUUCUCUGCACCUGGCUUUGGCUCUCUCAGGUGUGGCGGGACUGCGAUCUUACUCCACCGACUGGUCCUGGUUGCUCCAGAACAAAACUGCAUAAAAAAACUGAAGCCAAUAUACCUGUAAAACACAUGUUUUAUGUGUAUAUGAUUCAUCAGUGUAUGUAAAGAGUUCUCUUCAUAUGGUUCUGUUGGGUUCAACACUGUCUGGGUGAUAUCACAAUAGAUAAGAGGUAUCACAAUGAGCUAAUAUAUGGUAGGCCAUAGUCAGCACAGCAGCUGUAUAAACCCUUUAUGGUUUCCCAAACUUUGCCGCAGCGACUGUGGUUGUUAGUGGUAAUGCAGCUAAUGUUACCUCUGAAUGAUCUAGAGUUGAGAAUUAACUUGAAAGGACCCAAAGUCAUUAAUUUUCAGUGUUUGGAUUUGCCCAUGUCCAAAAAUGCAACAAAUUUAGACUGACCUGAUGAAGCAUGUCAGUCUGUCUUCAGUCAGAGACUGCAGUCGAGAACCACUUUGAAUAAAUUUUGCAAUUUAUGUCUCUAAUCAUGUGCAGGACAAUUAAGUGUGUGUGAACCCAAAUAGCCCAGUGUUUAUGCUUUCGAGACAGAUAAAUGGCUGUCCACAUUUACAAAGAGCACUCACUGAUUCUUCUUCAGCUUUAAUAUGAUGCAUAAUGCACUCUUACAACUUGCAUACGACACGUUCCUUCCAGAAUGUUCAUUUUAGCAGCAUAAAUUGGUUUGUUGUCUGUAAAAAAUUUGAUUAUACAAUCAACCAACCAGUACGGCGGAUGGUGACAUGCAAGUCGCUGGUGGCAUAAACAGGGCAUGUGACUUACAAAUUUUAAUUCACAGAACUACAGACACUUGUAUACACCGAAGACACUUUUAAGGACAGAAGAGAACAGUCAAAUAUGGCUGUUUUUGUAUUUUAACAUUUUAUAUUUUGACUCCAAAAGCCAAAUUGUCAAAGCUAUUUUAGAUGAUAUAUUUUAUAUAUUAAUAUAUUAGAAUGCUGUCUAUAAACACGUGUGUGUGUGUGUGUGUGUGUACAUGCCUAAUGGAAUGCUACAAUCCUGCACAUCUGAACAGGAGAGAGGUUUUUAAGUGUAAAUUCAGUCACUCUUUUGUCGCUGCAUCCAUUUGGAUAAAAUCAGUAACUAGCCUUGUAACCAAGUAAGCAGAAUAUGUUUGGCCUUUCUCCAAAAAGGGUUUCUGCAUCCUGUCAAGUACACUACAAUGUAAUUAUGAGUAGAAAUGGAUUUGCACAAGGUGAAAUGGCAAGUGAGUGUUUCAGAACAGCCACAGUCGUUUAAAGCUUGGCAAACACAUCUGCAAAUAUUGAUUUUAGCCUUCGUUUAUGGUGCGUGGUGCGUUUGGAUCCUCUAGGGAUGAUUCUGUUAUGCCACAUAUCUUCACCAUUUUUGAACUGCAGCUCGACCAGCAUUUCCUUCUCCCAGUUCAGUCUGAUGGUACGACCCAAUGAAUGUCCAUUUUCUCCAAUGAGGCCUUUGUAUGGAGUGUGUACACAAACAAAUAGGCUACUCCAUAAAGUGACACUUUUUGUUUGUUUGCUUUGCCUGUUUCAGAUCUUCAUUUAAUUCAGAUAGUAUUAUGAUAUGAUGUGUUGAAAAAAUCUGCAUUUUCUCAAACGUGUUAUAAAACCAUAAACUAUUCGGUCCUGUUCGAGCUUAUCAAAACUUGGACCCAGCUGGGCUUCCAGACUCUAUAUUUUACUCAAAACAUUUAGUGUCAUUGUCUUGCCAUGAAUUUGAAAAUAAAAGCUCUGGUUGAAUGUUUUUUGUAUUUCAUGUCACCAUGGCACAUGUAGUAAGGUGUUUUAAUGCUAGACAAGGCAGUUGCCAUAUGAAUUCCUAAGUUAAAGGUGAAGUGUGUAUAUUCUGCGCCGUUAGCAGCACCAAACGGAUUGGAUACGCUCCUUUACCGCCAUUGGUCAAAUGAAAGUUAGCCCCACCCUCGACUCACGCCAUUGGUUGAGCCAAAUGGUCAGGAUUCUCAAAGAGCAAAGUUAUAUUCUUUAUCGCAGGAUUUAGUUUUUGAAUGGCUUAGUAGGUAUCUCUUCAUAUUUAACUGGGAGGAUAAAGUAUUUAAACAUUAAAAACACACUUCAGCUUUAAUUAAUUUCCUUUUGUUUGUUAUCCAAACAAAAGCACUGAGGUAAGAGAUGUCGAAUAAAUGCAUAAUAUUAGCCCAUGUCCUGCUGAGUUCUAGCAUUUAUUCCAGUUGAGCUUCAUCUUGGAUUGUCUUUGCUUAUCUGCAGUGUCAAAACUCCAUGCUGUUUUUUUAAACAUCCAAAUAAACUAAUAUAACUAAUUAUGAAA